GUAUAGUGCUACUACUAUCCCAAAACAAAAAGCUGCGAGAGCCAACCAGAUGGACGAAGUGGAUUAAGUGCUCCGGACAAUUGUGGCAAAUUAGAUGAGCAGUGCGGAGCAGAGUCCGGAUCGGUGUGGAUCAGUCGCCCCAGUCGCCCAACAGACGAGAUUCGCACAGCCACGCCAGUGCCAUAAAAAAAAAAAGACACUACUACUUAUUAUCCCAGAGAGUCAUGCAGGUCAAGUGCCUGAUCAUCUGCCUCAGUUUGGGGCUUCUCAUGCUGGCCACGCCCAUUUGCGAGGGGCGUCGUGGGCGUGGCCGAGGACGGACCAAGUCCAGGGUACAAAUUGGAUUGCCAAUUACAGGAAAAUAUCGCGAUCCAGAAUCGGAUCAGUACUACAAUAAUAACAAUGGUGCCAAAAUCCUGCAGGCCUCGCACUUCGAUCUUGAGUACGUGCUGGGCCACAAGAUCGCCUUCCUGUGCGUGGCCAAGGGUAAUCCCCGGCCCCACAUCACCUGGUACAAAGACGGUGCCGAGAUCUACCAGCACCUCUACAUGCACGUCCAUGAGUGGCGCAUCGGCGACGACAAGGUCAAGUCCAAGAUCGAAAUAGAUCCCGCCACCCAGAUGGAUGCCGGACUCUACGAGUGCACGGCUGACAAUAUGUAUUCUAUUGAUCGGCGGAGUUUCAAGACAGAUUUCUCCAUCGCCUUCGACUGAUCGAAUAUGGAAUAGUGAUGGAAAGGAUUCAAUAAUGAAAUAUCCUUGGGGCAUGGCUGGGUUAAAAGCAAUCUGUGGGCAAUUCUAAAUAGUUUUACUUUGGAAACUGUGUCUGCUUCUAAUAAAGUUUAAUUUUGAUUUAA